AGCACUCCUUUCUGCUGAUACGGCAGGAGCGGUGAUUAGGGACUGCAUUCUUGCAAUCUUCCGGGUUGGUUACCUUCACCACAAAAAAAAAAAACUGUUUCAAGAUUGGUGUUUCUUCAAGCUGGAAAUCAAGGGUUUUGGGUGGACCGGAUGAACCCCUGACCAACCCCCGUAAUGACGACCGAUUUUAGCGGGACGUGGAGGAGCGGUAGGUCAGAAGGAUGGCCGGAACUCCUAGACAAGCUGAACAUCCCAAAGGAGAAGCUACCCUCAGGCCUCAAGAUCACCCAGCUCAUCACCCAGACCGGCAACACCAUCAACAUCAAGACAACCAACAACAUAGACGACACCAUGAGGGAGUCCACCAUCGUGGUGGGGGAACGUUUCACGGACCGUGCGGCCGGCUACGACAUCGAGCACACCACGGCCUGGGGAGAGGAAGGAAGACUGGUGCUGAGCCGGGUGACGGGGACGGGGGGACUCACACGGGAGUUGACACCGGAGGGAGAAAUGCUGGUGAUUCAUGACCAUGAGGGAGUGGUGGCCAAGAGCUACUUCACCAAGCAAUGAAUGCACCGAUGGAUUGUUAACAUUCUCAAUGGAAACCAGCAGUGGGGACUUCUGGUGUGGGUGGCGGAAUUAACACCUUGAAAACAAAAAUCGAAAAAGGGGGAGGUGGAUGGACACCCCAUGACUCUAGGGGACAAUGUUCAAACAUGUAUGCUCGCAUGUAAAAUUGGUGUUGAAAGAACAAUGUCGAAUAUUAUAAAAUUAAGGUGACUUUUUUUUUAUCCAUGCAAUGGGACAAAUUAUUGGUGGGUGACAUGGCCCACGUCCCCAAGGAUCGCCGCCCAUGUAGGAAACAGUCAUGGCAAUCUGUCAAAUACAACGGGUAGGAGAAGAUUGAAAUAUGCGAGGGAACCGAUCUCAGGGAAUUGAGAAUCAAAUGAUACCAAACAUGUUUAAGAUUGAAUGAGCCAUUUUCUGGAUAAGGGGGAUGCUUUCAGAAACUAAUGGAUACUUUUGGAACUGUUAAUACUUUCAAACAGUUUUCCUGCAUCUGUAAAAUCAAAAAAAUGCUUAAAAAACCCAAGAAGUAACAAAUGGCUUCCUAGGAGAUUUUUGUAUUAAAAUAUCCACAAGAUAACACUGAAGUAUAUACUAUUAAUAUAAAACCUUAUAUAAGUUGAUGUAAGACGUAGUAAAGAAGUUAAUUAAUUCUAGCGCACAGCUAACACUAUGGCCCCCAUUCUUAAUGAGCCCAUUUCUCAGUGAUAAAGUGAAUGAGGCCACACUGCACUUCAUAUGCCUGUACAAUUAGUCAAUUACCUUGCCAUAUACCUGUGCUUAAAACAUCAAUUUUACAUUCUUCAUUAACCAAGUAGAGGUUCUUUUGGAAAUUCUAUAUUGUGCUGCAUUAUGAAAUAAUUUAAAGACUUCUGAAACCCGUACUUUCUUUUUUUGGUAAAAAAAAAUCAAACUAAAUGGUAUAGCAACAAAUGUUUGUCAUUAUUCAAAUGUCAAAAACCCCCAAAAAACCCGAAAAAUAUCUUGCCAUUUUGUCUUCCUAUCCUUACAUAUAAGACGGAAAUCAGCUAUCAAUUGGAUUUUGAUUGCGGUGAUCAUUUUGACAUAAUACUCUAUCAUUCUGAUAAUAAGUACUCUAUUUUUUCUACUUUGCAAGGCAAGGGAAAAUUUCACUUUUUUUCUUAUUCAGAAAUGACCGAAGUAUUAAGAUAAGCAGCACUGCACGCAAAAACAAGUUCUUCAUAAUAUAAGUGGGUAUCUGAAAUAGAAUAAUGAAAGUGCAUGCCUGUUUGGUGAUAUAGCUUUCUUAAAUCAUGCUUAAAUUAACCAUGGGGACAAAUUGUGACGUAAAUGCAUGAGGGCGUAAACGCGCAGCGUGAUUCGACGACCAUUUAGUGCCAAGCUUCAUCAAAAUCAGGGAUAGGUUGGAGUAUAAAUGCCAUUGGAAUUAUGAUCAGCCCUAUGUCGAUUCCAACCACAAGUACGAUUCUCUUUAAGUUGUGUUUUUUAAUGUUUUGUCGUUGAAAGUAUUUUAAUCGUCUCUCGUAUGUUUCAAACAUUUUUAAAAUUUUCCCUGUUAGCUGUGGAAAUUUAUAAUAAAAACAUAAAGGGUUAAUGACGUUAAUUUAACCCAGGAACAUA